AAGACAUCUUUCAAGUUCACCUGUUUGGUUAAAGAUUUGAUGGUAAUUGUCGUAAGUGCAAAUUGAUAACAUUUCUUUAAUGUGUGGGAAAAAGUUGUUGCUAUUUGAAAACUUAGAAGCCAGUUCUGUUUCACUAUGUCUACAUUGAUCUAGUAAAUAAUUGAACUUAGCACAUUUUUCUUAUAAUUUUUGGAGCUACUAUUAAAGAGCAUAAAGAUGUGUUUGUUAAUCUACUUGCUGUGUUUAACUAUUUCAUCAAUCACGGGCACAGAUAAUAUAAUGAAGCUGGAAGUCACACCAAGCACUAUUAAACUUGGGCUAACCAGUCAGAUGGAAAUUGUCUGUUCAGUGGCCCCUGACCCAGCUGGUAAUUACAUCGUUCUGAAUAUUAUCAUUUCUCAGUCGACAGACACAUUGGAACCACAAUACACAGACGUAGCUGGCGUUGAGGCAACGCUAGAGCCAUCCUUAUAUGUCAACAAUUCUGCGACUAUUCAAGGUCAAAUUUCCGUCACCGACACCUCUUACUUGAAGUUAAACUGGACCUACCCUACAGAAAACGAAGCAGGAAGGUAUCAGUGCGUGGCCACACUCUCACAAGAUGAAGAAUUCACGGUAGUAGCAGAGACAACAGUUGACCUUGAGCAACCAGACUUUGAUGACUUGUUUUCAGAACUGGAUCGAAUUAAAAGCUACUUCAUGGCGGAGACACGUAACGUCACAGAGCUCUGGGAAAAAAAGAUGGAGGGCGCUGUUACUGCUGUCUUCAAUAGGUCAGCUGUGUUCGAUAACAGGAUGUAUUUACUGUCUAAAUAUAGCAACAUGAACCGGAACCAGUCUGAAGCCAUGUGUCAGUUUGUUAGCGGUUACCUGGCAGAGAUCGAGAGUGACCAAGAGUUUGGUUUUGUCAAAGAGUUUUUCAACAGUCUCUACAUGGCCAAUGGAACGAAGGUGAUCGUUGGAGGGACAGACCAGAUCAAAGAAGGAAACUGGCUGUUCCAGCACUCCGGACACAAUGUCCCCUACUUUUCAUGGGCCCCUGGCCACCCCACUAACAGCAGUGGCGACAAUAACAAUGACUGUCUGGCGCUGGACAUCAGCGAUGGGUACAACAUGGUAGAUGUACCAUGCAACACGUCUGGACAGAACUUCCGGUCAAGGUUUCUGUGUGAGAUAACCCAUUCACCAUAUUCAUCAUCACAGUAACAACAUAUACCUCUUUAAAACAUAACAUUUUACACUUCGCUCAUAACAUAUUGUGCAGACAUUACACAUCAUAUUUUGUGGACAUAUUAACUCAAAUUCAACACAAACAUUCCAUCCCUAAACAGUUUCACUGUAGCAAAAGAUUUUUGUUCAAAGCAUCAGAUCAAUGAUUAUGCAGAUAGUCGGGUACCAUUCUUCCACUCCACAUUGAGCCACGUAAAGAAAACAAUUAGACUAAGAAGUAUGAAGGUGCAAUUACAUUUCUCUAAUUGGAACAUCAUUUGUGGGUACUUAUUAAGACUACUAAUUACUUACAGUCAAUAAACACAUCUAUGUGGGAAAACUAGUUUUAACUUUUAGACUUUUCAAUACUUCAGGAGAGUUUAUUGAUCGUCUUCAGCACUAAAUUGACCACUACAUGUUUUAUUUUAGUUUCCACUAUUUUCUUUCCCCCCAAAAAAAUCUCUUUAAAAAAUGAAGUAAACUGUUACAUGUUUCUUCUAGCUUUAUUAUGUCUAUUACAGUGCAUUAGUUAGACUGAAGUCGGGUCAUGUUUUAGAGACCAACCAAGAUGAUGGAUUGCACAUACAGGAAAGACAAAAAUGUUCAGGAGGGGGAACAACUCUGCUUACUUUUCAUUUCGAUUUGACGUCAAUGUUCAAAAGGUGACCAAAACAUAGAAUAGUGAUUCUUACCUGUGUCUGUUGUCUCAGGAUAAACUGAAAGAAUUUUGAUUCACCAAAAGAAAAAAUCUAAAAUAAACAUGAACUAUAUUUUUAAAAAAUACUUCAAAAAAAAAAGCUUGUAUUAAGUGUAAUUGUAUCAAUUAGUUUGGAUCCGUCAUGGAAUUGAAUUCGUAAUAGACUAGACAUAAUAAAUCUGUGCAAUUAAAAAUAUUUUACCAAU